GCGGCUGUUGUGAGGCGUCUCUGAGGGAGGUCCGCGCUCGUCGGUGGCGGCCGUCAUGUCUCGUCUUUUACUCGGGGUUUGCGCUAUAGGCGCCCGGGCUCUGUCGCUAGGCCCUAGGCGGCGCUGGUCCAGGAGUUUCUGCUCCGGCGGCUGCGAGUCGCCGCCGGGCUGCUCUUCUCGCUGGACGGAGAAGGGGUGGCGGCGGGCGGCGCUAGCCUGGGGUGCAGGAGCGGCGGCGGCGGCGGCGGCGGCCGCGCUGGGCUUCGCACAACGGGCGGAAAUGGAGGAGCAGCGGCGGUGGAGGCAGCGGCAGCAGAAGCUGCCCCGCCAAGAGCCCGACGGCGCGGGAGACGACGGCGACGACCUGGCGCGGCGCUGCGAGCGCUUCAUGGCCCCACCCGUGAGCGGACUGUGCGACCUGCGGGACCGGCGCGGAGACAUGCGGAGUCGCAUGGAGCUGCUUAUCAUGGAGACGCAGAGCCAGGUGUGCCACGCCUUGGCCCAGGUCGACCGCGGCGCCUCUUUCACCGUGGACCGCUGGGAGAGGAAGGAAGGUGGAGGAGGCAUCAGCUGUGUACUUCAGGAUGGUGAAAUAUUUGAGAAGGCUGGAGUCAAUGUGUCUGUUGUUUUCGGACAUCUUUCUGAAGAAGCAGCUCAGCAAAUGAGAAGCAGGGGGAAAACUCUGAAGUCCCAAAAUGGAAAAUUGCCAUUUUGUGCUAUGGGUGUAAGUUCUGUUAUUCAUCCAAAGAACCCAUAUGUUCCCACCAUACAUUUCAACUACAGAUACUUUGAAAUUGAGGAGGCAGACGGUACUAAACAGUGGUGGUUUGGGGGCGGAACAGACCUUACUCCAACAUACUUGGACAAAGAAGAUGCAGUUCAUUUUCACAAAACUCUGAAAGAAGCCUGUGAUGAGAAUAAUCCAGAGCUGUAUCCUAAGUUUAAGAAAUGGUGUGAUGAAUAUUUUUACAUCAAGCACCGUGGAGAGCGACGAGGGAUUGGAGGCAUAUUUUUUGAUGAUCUGGAUUCACCUUCUAGAGAAGAAGCCUUUAAGUUUGUGCAGAGUUGUGCCAAAGCCAUUGUGCCUUGCUACAUUCCCAUUGUGAAGAAACACUGCCAUGACAAAUUCACACCAGAGGAAAAAUUGUGGCAGCAGAUUCGUAGAGGAAGGUAUGUGGAAUUCAAUCUUGUUUAUGACAGAGGCACAAAGUUUGGUCUUGCAACACCAGGAUCAAGGAUUGAAAGUAUUCUAAUGUCUUUGCCACUCACUGCCAGGUGGGAGUAUAUGCAUUCACCUCCAGAGAAAUCCAGGGAAGCGGAAAUCCUAGAAGUUUUGCGUCAUCCCAAAGAUUGGGUGCACUGACAUCUGAUACCUGCUGUAUACAGUCAGCCACGAGGAAAGGACAUAAACACUUGACCACUUGGUCAUCAAACUGUCAUUGGGUGGCAGUUCGUUUUUGUCUACUUGUUCUCUUAUCAUGUGCCUUAGAAAUAGUUUUCAGUUUUAUUAUAUACAAGUAUUCUCUUCAAAAGUCACAAGCGAUUCCAUUUGCAUUUUCCUGGUGGAUGAAUUCAAUGACUGUUUGUACAGGUAUGAAAACACUUGAAAUGCAGAGAGCUUGGGGAAGGUGGCAAGAAGGGCAAGGUAAGGUGUACUCAAAAUAGGAACAGCACAGACUGCGUAAAAUACUGCAAAUUGUUUAAGAUUUUGACUCCCAAGUCUCUGUUUGAGACCAAGCAGGCAGUUAUUCUAGGGGCCUAUUCUUCAUUACCUUUCUAAUUGAAACAAUUACUUAUAGAAUGCUCUCUAGCCUAUUUCAGCAAUUGUUGCCUGCUAGUGUUUGUUAUACCUCUAAAUCCUGUUUCUGCUGUGAUGAGUCAUUUAUUUUAAACUGACUUGUUAAUCCAUUUGGCCUUUUAUAAUUUGUCAGAUGUAUUGUGUGGCAAGGAACCUUAUGCAGUGGGGACACUGCUUCAGUAAAUUGUGGAAGAAAUAACAUCACAUGUAGUGCAGCGGCUUCCUAUCAUUGGGUAAAUCAUUUUGGUGAAGCUUGGUAGCACAGUUCAUCUUCAGAUAGCUUAGGAGCAAGAAUCUGCAGCCACCCAUGAGAUGUCCUGCCUACAUGUGAAAUAUUCGCUUCUAGCACAGCGUUUUCUGAAUGGUCCAAAUUCCUUGCUUCGUACAUGUUCAGUUUCUGGCACAGAUCUUGUUUUAACUAACAGAAUUAGGUUUCACUAGAAAUAACUUAGAUAAAAAAAAACUCUUAACAGUUGUGCUGUAAAACUGGAGUAGAACUGAAUGUUAAUGAAAAAUAUUGCUAAAGCUGUGUUUCACCAUUAGAUUGUCAACCAUUGUUCACACAUUGCCAUUGUCAUUUUGCAAAACAUAUAUGGGGAAAGGUGAAAAGUUCAGGUUCUUGUAAGACAUGUUCACUGCUGCCACCACUACUGUACUGAUUAAUGUAUAAAUUAUACUGUAUAUGCAUGCAUGCAUAAGCAUGCACUGUUUGCCUACGCAUGUACAGAGUAAUGUUCCUCUUGGUAAUCAAGCGCUAGAUCAUCUAGUUGAAAGCUGCACUGAUUAGAAUGUGUACCUUUCAGUUUUAAGAAUUCUGUCAGUCAUUAACAACAUUCGCAAGUGACUCAUCCCAGUCCAAAAGGCAUUCCUAGUGGUACUUUGAAAAUUACACUGCUUUUGAACCAGAAGGGCCCCCAAACCAGUUCUCAAAGAAUUAAAAUAUAAGUUGGUCCUGUUGAGGUUGGCAGAAUUCACUGUAGGGAUAUGUGGUAUGACUCUGUCAUCUGUGGGUGUGGAGAUGGAACCUGAACAUCUGACGACUGUCACAAAAACACCCAGGAAUGCCUAGAAUAAGAGCAAAACAUACCUCUGACACACCUCAAUCCUGUUUACACUUUCUGGGAGUAAGCACAUUGAACAGAAUAAGAGUUACUUUUGACUAUACAUGUAUAGGACUACAUUACUGGAUGAAAUCAUACUACUUGGUGAUUUUAUGAAAUUUAAGUUUAAAUGCCUUAAUUUUAUUCAAACAAUAGUUAAAAGUAUGCCCAAAGUUAGAUGGAGCUUCAAAUGGCUCAACAGAUACAGUGGGCUGGGUUCAGAGAGAUAAGCAGAACUCCACUUACGCAGGAGGACUUUCUUGACUUCUCCCUCACUGCCCCGACCCAGCUGCUUCUAAGGUCCAAGAGUCCCUCCAGAAUGGUGUGUGGUGUAACUAAUGUAACUAGGUGCUAAACAGGAUGGGAAUUUGGGAGCAUUUGGCAGCGCUGUUUUGUACAAGUAGAAGUGCCUUUCCAGUUGGGCAAUAUGUCUCUGGAUCAAAGCCUAUAUAUCUAAAUAUAGCUAAAAAAAUUCAGUUGAGAAAAUAGGAAUGAAAUGACAAUUGAAGAAACCAACACUGAGGUCCAGAUUUUAGUGCCUGGGCUCAGAAGGACUGGCCUUGAUACAAAGGACUGUGCAACAAGUUCCACACACUCAAGGAAGCUAUGAGUUUGUGCUUCCCGAACAGUACCCCCUGCUUUCAACCUCUUUGAAACUUGCCUCAAUUUUAAAAAGCUGUCUGUGAUAUGGCAUUGGGGCAUUAAAAAAAUAAUCCUGGGCAUCCCAAAGGUUUUGGACACAUAGACCUUGAUAUUAUUGUGCAGAAAUAAAGGCAAUUUGAUUUUAAGAGAAAGCUCAGAAGAAAAGCAUCUCUAUCAUGUUAGGUGUAGUAAUAAAUUUGGAUAUUAAUUACACUGAAUUUUUUCAAUAGUAAAUCAUGCACUGAAAAUGUAAAAUUUUAUGUACACUUAUCUGGAGUAAGCCCUGUUUGAACUUUUUAAGGCACUUCUGCAUAGGAUCUUUUACUUUGAAUGUUAUGGGCUUCAGAAAAUGGAAAAAUUGCAUGAAUUGGAAGAAACUUCACAACUUUUUUAGAUGUUUAUUCCUUUAUUAUGUGUGUGUGUCUUCAGACAUUCAUCAGUUUCACACUUGAUGCAGAAGAUGCAGGAAUAUAAGACAAGGGAGAAGAGUCAGAGGCUAUGUUGUAUAAAGGUUUUGCCAUGUUUAGUAGGUUCCCGGAUUUGACAAACUACCUAGAGCUUUUCUACAUGAGACAUUGUGUGCUCAUCAUACUUUAUUCACAGUUGUUUACAGAUUCUUUAGACGACAUCUUAAUUCUCCACUUUCACUUCUGUUUUUAAAGAGCACUUUCCAAGGUUUUUUAAGAGGAGGGAAAAUAAAUUAUCUGGAGAGCAAAAGAAAAUGUAGUUUUUACUUGUGUAAUGGCAAUAUUCCACUAUAGCACAGCACCACCUAGAGGUUAUGAAAUGGAAAACCAAGAAAGAAAAAGCUCUUUGUAUAGAACUCUUGAUCUCAAUUUUGUGGUGAAACCAAAAGUAGUUACAGUGGAUUAACAGCCUCGUGUAGAAAAGCUUCUAAAGACAUUCUGUAUUCAGCAACAUUUAAAAGUGCAUUCUCCAACAUACUGUUGUGUUUUGCACUUGCUUAUUGAGUAAUCCAGUUAAAUACAGGAGCAAUGCUAUUACAUUACUAGCUUUGGCAUUUUAGAUCUCUGAAAUUUCCAAUAGCAUUAAUUGGCAAUAACAAUGUUUUUCAACAUUGCUCAUAAUUUUGAAAGAGAAAAUAUUGGAUAACUUCAUUUUCAAUUUUCCCCUGGAUUUCCUGUCAUUUUAUGGCUCUGGGAGCUAUAGGUGGACUUUAUCCCUUGAUUUCAGUCUUUCUCCCCCCUUUUCUGGGCCUUCAGUCUCUACCUAGAAACUGUUAAAAUGCAAGUUUUACUCUGUGCUUAAUUUCUGUUGCCAACAGGGCUUGUAAUUCUCUACUGUGAAACCAAAACUGUGAAUAAAGUUGCUGGGGCUACAAACAAA